CUGUCAAACAGGAAAGAUUUUUUAAAAAUACAUUACUAAACAAAUCAAUGUAUCUAUUAUUUUUUUUAUCGGAAUGAGAAAUCCCACAAGCAUGACAACGCCAUGCAAAUUAUAAGAAGGCCUAAUGAAUACGUUCCUCGUGCCAGCGUAAAACUAUAAAGAUAACAAACAUUUAUAAUCUGACAAAACAUACUGGUCAGGCGCAUUUUUUCAGUUAUUAUUAGCUAAUUUAGAAUGUUUUUUUUGUUCGUCAGUUCUCAAUGUUAACAAGACCAUCGGAACAUGUUUUGACAGUACAAAAGCCUGAGCCAAACCGUGUUGUUUCGACAGCAUUAAAGUCAAAAGUAAUUAAAACAAUUGCAGGCAACAUAACGUAAUAUUUUCCUUCUCAGUAUGAGCACUAUGUAAGUGCAUAAAAACAAACUAUUUUUUUGUACAAAAUUAAGACUGUAUCAUAAAAAAAAAUGUAAGUGUAGUAAUAAUUCAGUCCUACUUUUAGUGUAGUCACUGUAGUGUGAUUAUAUGUCGCACCUCGAGUGUGAGCACGUUCGCCACCUUUGUUCAUGAGUAGUCGAUUGGAAGUACUGAAUAAAAACGGGAUGUGUUGCAGGUGUAUCUAAUGCUGUGGGUGCUGAGUGGCUACGUCACGCCGCGUUCAUCAUCUUCAACAGUUUCUGUUAACAACUGGUCGUUAAUCAAACCGCAAACAAGAAUGCGCCGUGAAGUUACGACAAGGUUCCAUUAAAAGGCUUUUACGUUUGCUGAUGGAACGUUCCGACUCUCCUUUUGGGUCACCGAGUCGAGGCUUGUUUCCAGCUCGUCUGCUCGGGCCUGCGCAUUGCGGACACCGCUUCUGGUGGCGUGCCAGCAUCCAUUAUUCAAAUCUAAUUUAGUGGAAAUUAUUUUUGGGUUGGCACAUGGUACAGUUUUGUAUGUCUCUGUGGUGCAAAUCAGAAGCACUUGUCAUUGUUUUGUGUGCGUACGCGCGUGCGUGCGUUCUACGAUGCGUGCGCUGCAUUACAAAAGAUGCACAGGCAAGUUUAUGGCCUCGGAGGAGCUUAUUUGACUUGAUCAGCUUACCAUUAUGCUGUCAUGGUUUGACUCAGUGGGAAAAAAAAGUACACUUCGCAAUUCUGCCUAUUGGCUAAACGUCCAACAUGUGGUGAAUUUUCCUUCUGAGUUUAUUUGACACGGGGCACCGCCCACCCGCCUCGUGUGUGCGUGUGGGCGACCAGUGAUGUACGGGGAGCAUCCCCGCGGGAGCAUUCAUCUGGAUUCCCUUUAACUAAUUAGGACGGAGGGAAGAGGAGGUCAACGGGAUGGCCCGAGACAGAGCAUGUGAGAGCGGGAGUCUUAAUUGAAUGAAAGCCCCUGCUGCUCUCAGAUGUUGUAAACAAGAAGGGCUCAGUUACCCAACCCACUUGUCUUCUGCUUAAUUGUCCACCUGCUAACCUCAACGUGACACCCUCCCAUGUAAACCCCAGACUGGAAUCAAUCAAACAUAAGGGUAUUAGCAGCUGCAGCAAUUCUGCCUCGUCGUCCCCGUUCCUCGCCAGCCCACACAGCAGAUUCCUGAUGAAGCAUCCCGCUUCCUCAAACUUCGGCUGAUCUGUCUCUCUGCUGCACCUAAAUCAACCUUAUGGGCCAUUUUAGAAAUUACUCCCAUCACAAAGUGCAUACAUUUCCCUUUCCUCCAUUUGUGCUGAGAAUAGUGCGAGGGGCGUCAAUAGCUGCUGAUCCUUGUUAUUAUCCGAUUGGCAAGUUUGAGAGGAAUGUUCGGAAACUUGCCGGACUCUGGCUCGUCCCGCUGAUGGAUUGACGUUUCUGAGUUUGAGGUGCAAAACAAACGUGAAAGGAACAGUCGGACAAGCGCUUGUGCACGUAUUGUUCGUGUGAAACUGGUCACAUAUUCACUAAAGCACAAUGCGGGAAAAACACAUCCGCUGCACUGCACACAUUAACAAGAAAAUCGGGCCUGAUGAAAUUAUAGCUGAUUAUUUUCACGUAACACCUUGGUAAUGAUAAUCCCCUAAAGCGCCCGUCAUAAAACCAAAAGUGAAAUCUGCCUCGUGUCAGCUUUUACAAUGAGAAGCACUUGCGUGAUUAGAUGUCUCUGCGAUCAAUGCCGCCUCUUCUGACGAUCAUUAAGACUGCUCUUAACAGAUUACAGCCCCCUCCCUAACACGCACUGCCCCACCUCCCCCGCCCUUCUCGUCCUCUCUUCCUUGCUCCUCCUUUCUUGACACACGCGCACGCACACGCAAACAUCAGCCUGCAACACACACAAGAGGACCUCUGACUCUUUAUUUCUUCACUUGAACAACAUUUUUUUGGGGGAGAGGGAGGGGGGCGGGGCACUUGGAGCAUCCGAUCGCUCUGGCAAGUUUUGGUUGACAUGUGCUGAUUUUGUCACAGUGAUAUGACAAACUAAGUCACGAGAACUAAAGUCAGAUGCCAGAAACCAUGGAGCGGCUCGCCAUCCUCUGUCACCUCAUGAUUUCAUGUUUCCAUCCAUCAGGAGCCACAAGCCUCAUUACAGGUCAGCGUCUGUGCAAGGCGGGUAACGGCAGGCCGUGUUACAAGCUGGCCUAUUUCUCCGAGCUGCGGCGAAGGCUGAAUUUCGGGGAGGCCGACCUGGCAUGCCGCCGGGAUGGCGGCCAGCUUCUCAGCGUAGAGUCGGCGUCCGAGCAGAAGAUCAUCGAGCAACUCAUCACGGAUCUGAGGCCCACCGAUGGAGACUUCUGGAUUGGGCUGCGGCGUAACCACGGAGAUGAGGACAGCGGCGGCGGCGGCGGCGACUGCUCGUCGCAGUACCACUGGUUGGACGGCACAAAGUCUACAUUUAGAAAUUGGCACUGGGAUGAGCCAUCAUGCGGCUACGAGGUGUGCGUGGUGAUGUAUCAUCAGCCGUCCGCUCCACCGGGGCUGGGAGGUCUCUACAUGUUCCAAUGGAAUGACGACAACUGUGAAACCAAGCACAAUUUCAUCUGCAAAUACACAGCAGACAAGUCAGCUGAUCCCUCUCCUCCAAACUCCACACAUGCAGACACCUUUCCCUCAUCUGUGCCGUGGAAUCCAAGUAACCACAACGCAAAGAGGAGCACAGCCCUGAAUGUGAUCUAUAUCAUCAUCCCCACCAUUCCGCUCAUUCUGCUGCUGCUGACGGUGACCGGCGUCUGCUGCUUCAAAAUGAUCAUCGCACGACGAACGAAUGAGAAGAAGUCAGAAGUACCCGGAACAGAGCCUGGUGCCCGUCCCAGCCCGUCCCCAACUGACGUCUACAAUGUGAUUCGCUCCCAGAAGGACGAUGACUUGGUGUCGGGGCGCCCCCACACCAAAAACACAUCCUUUCUUUGCUCUUCCCCCGACACCCCCACAGGGGAUUACGACAACCUGGGGGGCCGCGACACCGAGAGCGGCUUCGUGACUCUCGCCAGCACUGAGAGCUGCUUCCUCAACUUCGACCUCAACGACCUCAGCUUGGGGCGUCGCGGUACGCGCGACCUCCACAACAGCAGCUUAGGUCGGCCGGCGAAGAGGGAUGUGACCGACGGGACUCUGGCUCGACCCGGACAGUUUUAUGACCGCAGUCUGGGCCGGCGCACCGCCAAGAGCGAGCAUUUCGGCAGCGGCGGCGCCUACGGGGACCACGAGUUGUUCGAUGACAUCAUGGCGGCGAAGAGGGACCUCUACGAGCCCAAAGUGACGCCCGGGAUUCACACGGUCAAGGCGGACUUGUAUCAGACCUACAGCAACAACGGCAACGGGGACUCUUACCAAAGCAUCCUCGGUACGUAUGCAAACCGUAAACCCUACCAGGCCACGCUGGAGAGCUACAGAAGUGGUCUGAAUCCCGACGGAGGGAGGAAAUACUCAAAUGAACAACAGUGGCUCGACAGUGGGAAGUACUGAUGUGUGUGUGUUUGUGUGUGUGUGUGUGUGUGUGUGUGUGUGUGUGUGUGUAUACAGUAAAAUUAUGUCUGGUGAUGGACGUGGGUAAAAAAAAGUUGCAUGCGCAUGGUUUGAAACUGUAAUUUAACUGGAGGAAGACAACUGGAUAUUGCUUGUCAUUAUCAGCAAUACACCCGGAAAGCAUUCACAGCCCUUCACUUUUUGCACAUUUGUAAUAGAUCCCAUGGGUAUGUCAUUAAUAAUUAUGACAAAUUGAGAUCCAAGUACAGAGCAUUACAGAUUUUAGUGAGAAUGAUUUCAAGGGUCGCUUAAGAUGUCAGCUGGGAUCGGCUCCAGGAGUGUCCAUGACCCGAAUGGGGACAUCAGAAAAUGAUUGAAAAUGGAUGCAUGGAAUUUGGUGAUUAUUUUUUUCCAUGAUCACAUAUCCCUUAUGUUGCAGAGUUCCUUGCCGAAGGGCGACUUUUUGUUUUCUUUUUUUUACCAUGAC